CCGUGCGUGUUUUUGUAUUGAGAAAGUAUGGCGGAGAAGAAAGGCUGGGGCGAAAGUCAAUUAAGAAAAUAUGACAUACCGUUAGAACAAAUUCCCAGGUUGAGCGUAAAUGAUGCUUUAGUUGAUGAGUUAAUUGCUGCAAAUAAACCGGUGGUGAUCACGGGCGCCAACCUGGUGGCGUCGGCGCUGAAGUGGGACCUGGAGUACCUGGAGCAGCACAUGGGCGGGGGGGACUACGCCGUGUUCGUGUCCCGCAACCACAAGUUCAAGUACUACGACGACAAGAAGUCCGUCCCCAGCUUCACGCCGCCGACGCGCCGGGUGGACAUGAAGUUGCCCGACUUCGCGAGGAGACUGCGCAACUGGAAGAGGGGAGAGGAGAGACUGUACCUGCAGCAGGCCCUGAACACCACCGUGGGGGCGGCCAUCGUCAAGGACUUCCUGGGCUUCAACUGGGACUGGAUCAAGGGCAAGCAGACCAGGCACUCUUGGGGCAACCUCACCGCCAACCUGCUGCUCAUCUCGAUGGAAGGCAACGUGACGCCGUGCCACUACGACGAGCAGGAGAACUUCUUCGCGCAGGUGCGCGGCCACAAGCGCUGCAUCCUCUUCCCGCCGGCGCAGUUUGACUGCUUCUACCCGUACCCCGUGUUCCACCCGCACGACCGCCAGAGCCAGGUGGACUUUGAGCGGCCGGACCUGGGGCGCUUCCCCAAGUUCCGGGACGUGUGCGGGCAGGAAGCGGUGGUGGGGCCCGGGGACGUGCUCUACAUCCCCGUCUACUGGUGGCACCACGUCGAGUCGCUCAUGCGGGGUGGCUACACCAUGUCCAUCAACUUCUGGUACAAGGCGGGGCCCACGGGCAGCGUGACGUACCCGCUGAAGGACCACCAGAAGGUGGCCAUCAUGCGCAACGUGGAGAAGAUGCUGGUGGAGGCGCUACACGACCAGGAGCAGGUGGGCCCCCUGCUGAGGGCGCUGGUGCUGGGACGCUACACCGAGUGACUCCGCCCCCUCCCCCGCAGGGUGUCUGCUGGGUCCCGCCUUUGAAUAUACAUACUGUACAGAAGUCGCGAGUGGAUAGGACUUACUCUACGUUUUUUCAGGAGCGCGUGACGAGCAGCUUGGGAACUUCACCGCUGCAGGGCGCUGCCGUAACGCCCUGUGUCGUCUCAGGUUGUUAUUUGCACGUUAGAUGCGCAGCACUGUCGCCCGCUGUCAUUCCCCCGCACCCCCUCUGCCAAUCUUUCACUGCAGCUCAAGGUCGUUCAAAGGGAGUGGAAUUGGGUGUUUGAAGAGUUCGACGCUUGUCCGCUAGGGACCACCACAAGUCGAUGCCCUAGAGAUGGUGGCGAUUGCGGCGGUGAAUUAACCGACUACCUCAAAACCGUAUUAGAAAUUUUAACCUGGGCUGGCGACUUCUAUACAGUAUAUAUAUUCAAAGGUCGCGGGGACCCCCACGCGGCGGGGGAUAGAGAGCCCCGGAAAGUCGAGAACACUUUCCGAUGAUACUUUCCCGCGUCCCCUUUUUUUAACCGGGGCCCCCGUGGAAAUUACGAAAGUCCCGAAGACGCCAUGCAUCGCAGGAAAGUUGGCGAAAGUUCAAAGAACUUUCAAGAACUUUUCAAUAUUUCUUUUUUUCCUUUAGCGUUAAGGAUCUCGACGAUUUCCCCCGAGAUGUCAUGAAUUGUAGAUUAGGUCGCAGAAGUCCAAAGAAAUGUUCGAGAAUUUUUAAUAGAUAUAUAUAUUUUUUAAUUCACUAGAACGUGUGAAUGCAAUCGAAACUUAGUGAAACCUUACAGUAUUGAAUGGUUGAAUGGCAAUAUGGUUUUUAGAUACAUUAAGUUCGGUUUUACGCCACGCACUGCAUUUGAAAACGGGAUUUUAAUUUAAUCCAUUUAUCUUGUUAAAUUGGUUAAUAUAAAAUCAGUGGCUGUCAUUAGCUACAUUAGCCCAAGGUUUUUUAAAUGCACGCAAAGGGCCAAAAGAGGUAACUAACUUUUAUCCCUGCAAUCCAGUAGACAUCCUGAAAUAUGCAGCAGGGAUCCAGUUUUGUCACGUGACUUUCUUCUUCUGCUGUUUGCCAGCCACUUUAGUUAGCCACGUUGCGAAGUAGAGUACUGGCUGUAAACGCAUGACUGGGGAAUAGCGGAAGAGAAGUCACGGAAGUGAUUUAAGGGAUCGGAGGUGGUUUUGUCUGGUGAUUUGCAGAAAUGGAAAUAUCCAAAAAAAUUGUACUUAUGUUUUUUUUUUAGAUUGAUUUUCAAAUCGUCUAAAAAAAGAAAAACUUUAUUGUCACAUCAAAUUGUUACAAUUUACAUCAACGGGGAUUAGACUAUUUUGACAAUUUCCUAAUGUGUUAGCUGGCUUAGACAGCAAUUUUUGUAUUUGGGCCACUGUCUUCUGAUCAUUGGCUUAGCUUUAACUGGUUCACACGUCUGUUGUUGCAGGCCAGUGAUUUGCUCAGAACUGUGCCAGUUGUGUCGAUAACUUCUGGUCCGGUUCCACUCACAGCACUUGCGUUUUAAAGUGUAUUUUGUGUUUAGCUGUUUGGUGAAUCAGGUAAAACAAUUCUUCAAUAUCUUUGUGUUGUACCAUAUAGUCUUUCACUGUAGUAUGGAAUUGCUCAGUAAGUAGGCCAGAUCUAGGUAGAUGCCCAUUUUGGAAGUAGUGAUAAUUUUGUGUUGGUCUUCCAUAGUUAAUUUUUAUACACACAUUUUACUCUCCAGCAUGAAAAAAUGUAUCAGUGGAAUUUUACAAGAAUUUUUUUUUUAACCUGAUUUAAAAACAUUACAUUAAAAAUUAAUGUGUACUGGGCUAGAACUGUUAGGCUGGAAUUCGGAGCCAUUAUUUGUGAAACACCUACAUGCCACGUUCUACGUGCUACUUAUUUCGACAGGUAACGGAGUUUCGUAAUCAGUCAGUGAGCAGUUUGGAUCUUUACUACAGUUGUGUGUCUUUUUUUUUAAGUCAAACGUGUUAUUUUAUUUGUCCUGACCAACACGCAAAUGUUUAACCUUAUCUUGGUCAUAAUCUUGCAAAAAUGACUACCACAUUUGUUUGCUUUAUUGCACUAUUGCAUAGUCGAAUGCCAACUGUUAUCUGAGUAAUGAAAAAAAAAUCCUUUGAGGUUUUAAAAAAAAAACUUUAUUUGGGUAUUUUCAAAUUAUUUUGACGGAAAGGUAAUCUCUUUGAACAGGCAUGUAAUUGAAUCAAAUCUAUAUAUACUUUGAUAACUCGAUACCCAUCGAUACUUGGUUGAAUCAAUAGUGUCAAGUAUAAAUCCUAACUUUGUACUUGAGAUACUGGAAGAAGCCACAUUUGUUUCCUUGCUUAUACAGGCUUUCUAGGAAUACCGAAGCGUUCCAACAGCUGCCGUUGUAUCUGAACAGCUGGAAUUUUUUAACAAGAAGAGAAUUGGAUUGAUCCCUAAAGAGUUCACUUGCUUGGUUUCCUAAGAAAAAUUUGUAGACUUUGAGGAACUUUUAAUAACAUUAAUUUUUUUUCAGUCUAUAUUGUACUCAUCGUAUUUGUGUAAAUAAUCUAUACUUUUUUGUUAACAUAUUAUAAUUUACUAAGUAUGUAGUUUGUGGAAAUUUUUUUAAAGGAAUAUGUUUAUAUUUGAUUUUGAAUUAAUUUUUAAGAACAUGUUUCUGUUUUCUAAAUAAAAUAUAGUGUAUAGAAAGUGUUGAGAGUAUCGAGCUGAAAAAGUAUAAAAAAACCAAUCAUCAAAAUUCCAUCAUCCCAGUACACUGGAAAUAGUUACACAAAAUGCUUCAAAAAGAAAGAGUCAUAAUUUUCAUAGACUAUUGCACAUUUUGCACUUAAGUUAUUAGAUGUAUUAUUCUCAUUAGAUUGUUUUUGUCGGUAUGCUACCGAAAUGACUACAAAUACCAGCCUAACAUUCAGGAAGAAAUAUUUGUACAUAUUUUUUGUAUGUGAGCUUUUUAAGUGAAGUAGUAAUGUAUAUUAAAACCAUAUUGUUUAAAAAUGUAAUUUUUUUUUGUAUAUACAGGACUUUUUUGUGUGUUUGUGCAGUUAUUUAGCUUGUCCGGUCUCAAAGACUGGCAGCAGAAUGUCAUUUUGAAAUAAUGGUGUAUUCAGUGUAAAUAGAGUGAGGCUUAUUGCUAUUUUGCUGUUCAAAAUGAACUACUACGCUAUGAGUUGUGUAUAAUCUGUGUUGUAUAUAAUAUUGUGUCUUGUUUGUACAUGUAUCGUUUUCAUACAGUAUUACUAAGUGCUUAUAAUUUGUGGUGAAAUGAAGGUAAAAACUUAUUUGAUAUCUUGCAUAGUCUUAAGUUCGUCACCUCUAUCGAAGAACACAAAUGUUUUGGAGAUGUUUUUUUAUAAUCUGAUUUUUCAACUUCAACUUGAAGGAAAGAGUGCAUUUUGUUAGACGUUUUAAGAGUAACAAGUGUUGGUAUGCUUAUGUCAUUCUGGAUCAUAUUAAAUGCAAUUGUACGUACAGGUGUUUCAUUUGUUGAAGUUGUCUUACAUGUACCUAAAUAAGUAAAUAUUAGGAAAGCUCCGAAAAUAUUGCUCUAAUUUGUACUUGGUAUUUUUUUUCGGUUCCAUGGUAGUGUGUGUAUAAAUAUUGGGUUUUAAAUGUUUGUCUUGUUUGUAUGGAUCAUUUGCCUCUUUCUAAAAGUCAGGCACAAAUUUACGGCUCUAAGACCCUGCGUACAGUUUGUUAAUAUUCCCUGUAAUUUUUUUGGCUUAAUGUUAAGCCGUAGUUUAUUCUUGUCGGUCUGGUUAGGCUUUCGGCUCCAUGGGGUGCCAUUCUUCUCUCAUCUCAUCUGCGUUGAUUCGUAGAGACCACAGCGUGUGGAUGUGGCACGUCAAGCUGAAUUACAUAGUUCGUGUGCACCGUGCGGGCUGGGAGUGGUUCCGUAACCUCCCAGCCGGUGGCGUCGGCGUACAGCUUGGUUCAGUCUGCUGUCUGCCAGUCGUACACGUCAGUUGAACUGGGCGCAAAGCUCGGGAGAUACAGUGCUGCUGUUGUGUGGUCUGUAGGGUAGGCGGAACUUGCCGCGUUUUAGGUUGGCGAGAUGAUUGGUUCUCUGAAGAUGCGGAAGAGUGAGUUUAUUUCAGGGACCCUGAAGAUCAGUGAAAUGAUGAAAUCUUUUAAUAUCAAUAUUUAGGGACACCUGUAUUUCGCGAUAUCAUUUCAUGUCAAGGUAUUUCACAAAACACUGUAGCUUUUUCUAAGGGUCAUGGCAAAUUGUGAGGGUGCAGCAGUACGGUGACCACAUUCUCAUUGGCCCCGUCAAGAGCGGGACGACACCUCUCACCGACCUCAGCCAAUAACCACAGGAGAAAAGCUACAGUAUUUUGUGAAAUACCUUGACACGAAAUGUAUUCGCGAAAUACAGGUGUCGCUAUCAAUAUCUACCGAUAUUCCAAGUUUCUGAUGUAAUUGAUUUCCAACUGAUACACGUGAAGAACGUGCAACUUCAUCCAUUCAGGCAUCACCCAUCUUCUCUGUUUACCUUUUUAUAGCUCUGGUUUUUUUUUUUCGGUUAUCAACUGUUAAAGAAAUGUGUCAGUAAUUGGAUCAGUAUUGGUUUUAAACCAUUGUGUUUCACUACUGAAGAUGUUGGUGGAACGACCACUGCAUUAGUUUGAAAUGUCCUCCAUUUUAUGUAUCUAAAAUUCUAAAGUGUGUCGGAACCAGCGCACAGUAGGUAUUCCAUUUCUCUAAGCGUCAAAAUCUUCAUUUUGUAACAUAACAGCUUUUUUUUUUUGUGUAGUGUGUUUUUUCUGUUUGGUACCAGUGUUUUUUGAGGUAGACUAUUGCAUUUACUAUACAAGCGUACUGUGUUGGUUAGUUGCACUUAAAUGACUAUUAAUGUGGUUUCUAGAAGAAUAUUUUGUUCAUGUUAGAAGGAAGGAAAGUAUGCUUGUCAAAGUUUUGUAUUUAAGGUUUGGAUAGUGAUUGAUGUAGAUACUAGAUACAAUAUCAUACACAUGUGUAUUGUAAGAGAAUUGUUUUUAAGUAUUUAAGUAUUUAAAUAUUUUAAGAGUUUAGUCAUUUUUGGUGUGAAAUUUGGUUUUGGGAUGCUGCUGUUUUAAGCCUGCAAAUAUUUAUGUUUAAAAGCUAGCUUGUAUGUAAAUAAUAACAGUAUUUUAUUGCAAUGGUGCAUCAUAUUUUGCAUUUCAGAAAAUGUGUCAGCAAUGAACACAUUUUGCUACCAUGCUGUUAUGAAUAUUAAUGAAACAACAAUUUCAUGUUUGUGAAUGACAAUAGUUCCAGUAGUAUAUUUUUAUGUAGUUUCUUUUUUACCGUCAUCAGUCUGUAGGGUUGGCAUUCAUCACUAUACUGUACUGAUAGUUUUGAAGGUUAAUUGAUUACAAGUUUUACUAUCACAUACUUCUAAUGAUUACUUUUUAUGGAACUCUAAUAGCAAUGGUUACAGAUUUAAAAUUUUUAUUUAUUUUUAUGUUUGAUAUGCGUGUAAACUUAACAAUUAUAACUAGGUACCUAUAUAAAAUUUUGUUAGAUAUUACAUUUUUUCAUCUUACGUAUUUCUUAUUGUACUCUUUAUAUUCCACAGUUUUGUGUGCACAAUGUUUUUGUAUUGCUGUGCAUGGUUGUCACGUCUAAACAUUCCUAUGGUUUUUUUUUUUCUCUAUCAGGUUUUCAUUAAGUUGGUACUGUAUGGAUGCUGUUAAUGUUGUGGUUCAUUACGUAUUAUGCAGCACAAUCGUCGCUACACCGCAACAAAUUAAGAGCAAAUUAAUAAAUCUUGGUCUAUAGACAGAAAGAGUAUACCUCAUUCCCGUACUUGAGUAAAUUUUUGGAGUUGUAUUAUGGCUGUUGACCAAUAACAUUCUAGAGGAAUAUCUGCCAUGUGGCAGAAACCAAAAUAGUAUCCUGAACCAAAAUUUUUUUGUCAUUUUAAACAAAAAAUAUUGCCAGAAUGUUUAGAAUUAUGAGUAUACAAUAUACCAUAGUGUUUUUGUGACCAAAUUUUUAGAACACCCGUUGAAGGGGUUCUCCCACCUGCCACAAAAUCAUGCUGUAGGGUGUCUGAAACACACAUUUUUACGGGAAAAUAUUAAAUCUAUUCAUAAUCCAUUUUUGCACGAAAAAAAAAAACCUGUCAGACUAAGUAAUGUAUACCCAUUACAAAGAACGUACAUUUCUUGUUCAAAUUUUCUACUAAACACGAGAAACCCAUUUCAGUGGUUGUCGAGAUGUGAAAUUACUCUUCUGCACAUACAUUUGAAAAUAGUAAUUAUUACUUGUAAUCAGUUGCAUUCUUACUUGAAUGUGAGCAUAAUCACGGUUUUCCUAUGUAUUUUAUUGUGUGUUGGACUAGUCUUUUUUUUGAAGUGUUUGCCUAAUAUAUAAUAUUAGUUCAUAUUUUUUUGUAGAAAUGUUUUAUUUCCUUUUUGCAUUCAAAUUUUGGAUCUUAAAAUGUGUGUAAUUUGUGAAUAUUCAAACUUUUGGUGAUGACUGUAACUGUGGUUAAUAAUUAAUUAAUUUAGCAAUCAUUCUAGAGAUAUUCAUGUUGUAUUUGAAGCUUAUAUUCUAAUCUGGCUGCUGGAAUAACUGUUACAAACCAAAUAGCUGUGAUUGUUGUUCGGGAUAGUUUGGGGUACUGUGUGUGGGUGAAGCCAAUGGAAACAAUGUCUUGGUGAGGGAUCUUUUGGUACACUCACUUGUUUUAUCUUUAUAAAAGAGUGUUCUGAUUAUUUGUAUACUUUGUUAAUAGGUCAAGAACGUCAGAAAGUCAUAUCAAAUGGUUUAAUGGGUGGAUGGAAUAGAUUUUGUCUGGGCGUUAUAAUGAGUGAAUAACAGUAUUAUUGUUGAUUCAAGAUGUUAUUUUGGACAUAUGGCAUUACUGGUUUCACUGUGUGAACAAAAAAGAUGAAUAUUUAAAAAAAAAUUAAUAUGCAAACACACAUAUAAAAAGCCAAAUUCAGCCGACACUACUGUUUUGUCAUUGUAAUUUAAUAAUAUAAGCAUAUUAUAUUUUUUAUAUAAGGUUUUUUUCUACUAAACAAGUCUUCUAAUGGUUUUAAAUAUCAAAAAAGGUUUUAAAUUCUUUUUAAUUUUAUGUAUCUCAUCAGUAAACUAUUUUUUUUAUUUUUACUGAUUUACUUUGAACUUAUAUAGUAAAUGUAAUUAGUGAUAAAAUUAUAUGUUAGUGCUACAAAUAUCAGAUGGUUUUUAUGAACUUAAUGGCAAAUUUUUAUGUCACACCUAGCAUGUACUGAAAUAAUGUGAUGCAAUAGAGUUUUCAAUUAACUGUUCCUAUGUACCUUUUGUCUUUAAACACUGUAUUUCUAGUAUAUCAUUCAUAAAUCAAUAAAAAUUAGAUCUUCCCAAGACAAAGAAACCUGAGGUUUUCAGGGUUUUUGGGAGAAACUAAUUUUUAUCGAUUUAACGAAUGUUAUACUAAAAAUAGCAUGAUUUUAAGAUUGAAGGUUAAAUACAAAUGUUAAAUCCAAAAAAUGGUUUCAUGCUUUCAGCACACGUUAGGACUGACAUAGAAAUUUGCCCUUAAGUUCAUAAAAACCAUUAAAUAAGUACCUGUGUAAUAGAUAAAAACCUUUUAUAAAUAAUUAAAAAUGGUUAUAUUGCUAUAUUAUGAAUGAAUUAAAAAAAAAUACAAUAGUAGAAACAAAAAAUUUGCAUUACUACCCCCUUAAUCCAGCACUUUUACUCUUGUAGUAUUAUGUAAUCUGGCAGUGAUGUAGCAGCUCGCGUUUAGAUUUUUCUGGAUAUUUUUAGGCAGAUACGCGUUUGUAAUUUUGACCCCCAAGUAAAAUACUGCUCUGCCUAAGCAUUUAGUUCCCUCUGUGUUUAUGAUAUUUUUUUUUGAAGAAGAGAAGAUAAAAUAUCAGAAUCACAGAUGUGGUGUGAGACUUUUUUCAAGCAGUGUCUUUCAGAUGCAUGUUUUAUUGCCACAAGUUGGUACAGAUGUGGUCCGAUUAAGGAGCUUUUGCUGUACUAAAAAUUUUACCUCGUCCUGUAUGUUGUGUCAUCUUAUUCUGAAAACUUCUGAUUCAUGGCUGUACUGUUUACUUGUUUUUGUUAUUCUACAGUAUCUGCUGUAUUGUCUCUCGAAAUUUAUAUGGUAUUUAUUCUGGAGGAAAUUUGUCGCUAGUUGUGACCAUGGAAAUUUUAUUAUUCAUUUUGGUGUUUGGAAAUUCAAGUUGCAUUCACCAAACAAUUGUUGAAAAUAAAAUUUUUUUGCGCUAAUGUAAAUUUUGUAAGUAAAAUAUAAGUGAGCUUAGUAGUGCUUGUUUCUUGUACAAUUUUUAUUUCUUAUUUUUCAAGUUGACCUGACAAAGUCAUGGAUAAUUCCAAAAUUGUAUUUUGUAAUUUGUAUGUAUUAUGCUUUGAGGUGAUGGAAGGGGGAUUGUACCAAUUUUUAAUGUAUGGGCUGUGUGUCUAAAUUCUGUAUUUUAUAAAGUUUAUUUGUCGCAGCGUCAGGCUGUACUUUACAUUCUUCAUGUCACCUAUCAUGGUAUCCUGUGUUGAGUGAUUCAUCCAACUUACGUACUUUUGAAAAUUAUUAUUAUUAUGAUGCACCAAAAUAAAUAUAUUUUUGAAUAGUGUGAAACGUUUUGUAUGUAUCUUCAGUGUUUAAGUAGUUCCUUUACAGGAAUUUUAUUUCAGGAAAAAAGCUUGAAAAAAAAAUUGUGUUCAAAAAUUUUACGAAUGGGUUUGGACAGUUACGUUAUCAUUCUCAACAUGCAUCACUGCCUUUGUGGUUAUUGAUUACAGGUGUAAUCUUGCAUCACCAAAAAUAACUUACUGCCUUUACCGAGAUCAUGCAUAUUUUUUUAUAGCUUCAGGGGGGAUAUAUAUCCCACUAUCCCCUGGGAACACCACUGGUUAUUUAUGACACACCUCUUUGGAGUUGUUGACGUGCUUUCGUUGCCGGAAUCAGCUCAAGAACAUAUGUACGUAUUUAACUAGCCAAUGUUGAUGUUGGUCUGUAAAAAUAUUGCUGGCACAGCGUAAGCAAGUAAGAAUGCUGGAUUAUGUCUCGUGAGCGGUUGCGAGUGGUCGAAUGGAGAAAUCACUCACCUGCCAUCGUGCAAUCCAGGUUUGAUUCUUGGCAGUGUUGUACCCAGAUUUUUCUCGAGUUAAAACCAUUAUGGGUUUUCCCUGGACACUCCAGUUCCUUCCACCAGUACAUUCCGCCAACAACCCCCGCUAACUUCUCAUCGUCUCUAAUGACGCUGAUGAGAUGUUAGGCCCUUAUUCAUUUAUUCUUGCUCUUGUGAUGAUGGGUUCAAUAAAUUACAAGGAAAAAAAUUUCAGUUGCAGCAGUGUGGGAAUGAGUUAAUGAACGACAAUGAAGUGGAUUUCGUGUAAUGGUGAGGCAAGUUGAUGAUUUCAUAAGUUUUUAAUUAAUGUGUUCACAUUUUAUUUUUGAUAGCUCAUAGUUAACUUAUGUCAAUAUUACAACCCAGCCUUCUAUUUUUGAAUUUUUUUUUGUAAAUAUUUAUUUAAUUUGGUUAUUUGGCUUGUAUGAUAUUUAAACAAAAAAAAAGAAA